AUGGCAGUCGCAAAAAUAAAUCUACCUUCAGUCAUGGAAACUGUUUUUGAAGGUAUUAGUUCAUCUAAUCGUCUCCAUGUUCGUGACCGUAUCGCCGGUCAAAUAUUUUUGAUCGACACAGGUGCAGAUAUUUCCAUGCUUCCUGCUGAUCCUAAGAUACGUGAAAAACCGUCUUUAUUUAAAUUAUAUGCCGCUAACAAUUCCCGCAUAAACACAUUCGGCGAGUCAUUACAUACUCUUAACCUAGGUUUGCAACGUCCUAUUAGAUGGAAUUUUUGCAUUGCCGAUGUGCCUGUUGCAAUUAUUGGCGUAGAUCUUUUAGCGCAUUACAGAUUGUUGGUCGAUCUGAAUAAACGUCGUUUAAUAGAUCCUCUUUCGAAUAUCUAUACUUUAAGCGUUUUAAAAGAAGCAGCUGUUCAUUCAGUGUAUGUGGUUGAACCUCAUACUGAAAAUGCCUUAUUGCUUGCGGAAUUUCCGGAAAUCUGUGGUUCUUCUAAGCCCAUUCCUCCAGAAACCCAUGAUGUUUUUCAUCACAUUAUAAUAACUGGCCCUCCAGUUGAUGAGUGA